UACUCGACUGCUCGGAGGAGGAGGUUCCUUCUGUCUCCUGGUUAAUGUUUCCUCCCUCUCUCUCCCCGUCUCUCGCUCGCUCGCCCUCCUGCUGUGCCGCUUUUCAACGUCCACAGGAAUUAGUGGAGCUUUUUGGAAGAGAGAAACUGAGGAUGCUCCGCAUGGAGUGCAGCAAAAGUGGGCUACUGUAGGUGCAAAGAAGAGACUUUUUGCCGCUCUUUCAAUGUGGGCUCCAGUCCUGUCCCUCACGCCAGGCUGAAAUCCUCCAAGGUCAGGACCUCCGUCAUGGCGGCCCUGCUCCUCGGGCUGCUGCUCCUCGUCUUGCAGUCCCCCACCGUGCCCUCCUCGGUGGCCCUGGAUCCCGACGGAUGGCACCCGUCCACGGACAACGGAACCGGGGUGCACCUCGACGGGACGACGCAGCAGCUACCGCGGAUCAUCAUCAUCGGAGUCCGAAAAGGCGGCACACGAGCGCUCAUCGAGAUGCUGAGCUUGCACAGUGCGGUGGCGGCGGCGCAGAACGAGGUGCACUUCUUCGACUGGGAGAGCCACUUCCAGAAGGGUCUGUCGUGGUACCGCAGCCAGAUGCCCUUUGCCUUCCCCCACCAGUCGACGGUGGAGAAGACCCCGGCGUACUUCACCUCCGCCAAAGUCCCGGCGCGCAUCCACCAGAUGGACCCGGGCGCCAAACUGCUGCUCAUCCUCAGGGACCCCACGGAGCGAGUGCUGUCGGACUACACCCAGGUCUUCUACAACCGCCUGCAGAAGCACAAGCGCUACCAGCCCGUCGAGGCGCUGCUGGUGAAGGACGGCGAGAUCAACCUGGGCUACAAGGCGCUCAACCGCAGCCUGUACCACGUGCACAUGCAGAACUGGCUGCGCUACUUCCCGCUGGAGAGCGUCCACGUGGUGGACGGCGACCGCCUCAUCCGGGACCCCCUCCCCGAGAUGAAGGAGGUGGAGCGCUUCCUGGGGUUGGAGCCGCAGAUCAGCGCCUCUAACUUCUACUUCAACAAGACCAAAGGCUUCUACUGCCUGAGGGAGCACGGGCGCGAGCGCUGCUUGCACGACUCCAAGGGCCGAGCCCACCCUGGCGUGGCCCCCGUCGUCCUGCAGAAACUCUACCACUUCUUCCAGGAACCCAACAGGAAGUUCUUUGAGCUGGUGGGGCGAACGUUCAACUGGAAGUGACCCCGAAUGUAUUUUUACACGAGGUGGUCACUUUCUUUUCUACUCAGCGGUCAAAGAGCAGCUAAUUCAGCGCACCUGAAGGACGUCUUUCACUUUCACUUUCACUUUCACUUUCACUUUCUGGAGAGAGGCCACACACUUAACCUUCAAAACUUCACUUGAAUUCAUCCUGGGUUCGGAUGAUUAUUAGUAAGAGCCUACAAAGGAGAGACGUUUGGACCAUCCAUCCAUCUAUCCAUUUCUACCGCUUGUCCCUUAUGGGGUUGCGGGGGGUGCUGGAGCCUAUCCCAGCUAUUUUUUUAAGUAGCAGCAGACUGAAAAAACAAGUUGACUUUAUAUUUGUUUGUGUUUCAUUGUGGUCAGGUUCAAACACUGAUGACAUCUAUUAAACAAGACAAGAAGCAAGGAAUUAAACAGAGACAGAAUUCAAUUUGCUCAAAUGAGUGAGUGAGUGAAUUAUAUUUAUAUAGCGCUUUUCUCUAGUGACUCAAAGCGCUUUUACAUAGUGAAACCCAAAAUCUAAGUUAGAUUUAAACCAGUGUGGGUGGCACUGGGAGCAGGUGGGUAAAGAGUCUUGCCCAAGGACACAACGGCAGUGACUAGGAUGGCAGAAAUGGGAUCGAACCUGAAACCCUCAAGUUGCUGGCACGGCCACUCUACCAACUGAGCUAUUCCGCCCCAAUUGAGGAGAAACGCGUAGACACUGUACCCUUAUACAGUGUUGUCCCACGCUCUGACAAAAGGUUGUAUGCCUCCUCUUUUAUUUGGACUUUCCCUGAUUACAUGGCAACAGCUGUUUCUAAGGGAGGGGGGUCGUAAACAGCCAUCGCCUUUCUUACAAAACAGUUCAAAGAAAAGGUCGUAUAACAGUUAGGCCCUGCCUCCUCUCCGCUUUGUAGAUCUCGGGCAAAGACAAAAUCUUCCUGUUGAUUACAAUACAUCAAAGAAACCGACGCCUUCAUGUCCCAUCCUACACAGUGGAGUUUUACAAGCCUUCUGCUUGGUAGGAUCAAAGACAGCUUUUGUCCUCUCGCAGGGCGAGCUGAACUCAAUGUAACACAAAGUUUUGUGAUAACUUAGAUACAAUUAUUCUGACACAUUGUAUCCAUUACACCACAUCCAAUUGUAGUUACAAUCCGCAAAGUAUGUGAAAAUACGUCUAAACCUCACAAAAUGCCACAAAUUCAGUCGGCCAUUCUGAAUAUUCCGCUCUGAACACCUCCGGUAAAGUCCGUAGAUUCUACGUCAGUGUAGUAACACUUCUGCACUCUGACCAUAUUAUUAGAGCAGUCAUACUGGAAAUAUCGGAAAUAGAUAUGUGCUGUUUAUCAUUCACAAUGUUUAUGUAAGACAAGAACACAUAUGCUUGGCUUUUUCUAUGCAUUCUAAAUCGUAAAUAAAUAGCUAACAAUUGAGUGAACAGAUGGAGGGUCCUCGGUUGCACUCAUUAUACUCUCUAAAAACAUCCAGAAAGCACCAACAAUACCCCAUUUACAUGUCGUGACCUGAAAAUGAACCAAAUGUGAGUGAUAUUGUUAUUAUAAGUGCUAACGCAGACAGACUAUUUUAGGGGCGCAUUGAUAGCAGUGAGCUAGAUAAUAAUUAAUGCGUCUCUCACCUGCUAGUUGAAAAAUGUGGCCAUGGACCGACAGGCUGGUCCACUUUCACAUCCCCGAGACGGCGAAAUAAACCCCACAAGACGCUUCCUGCAGGAACUUUUUUUUUUAACCCUUUGUGAGGAAUUGCGAUUAAAUCUUCAUCUCAACGGGAUUAUGUGAGCGCCACAUCAGUCGGCAUCCCAGCGAGAGUGGAAAUAUUACAGUAAGUGUUUGUUUUAUUGUAGUUUCUUAAGGUUAGUUUGUAAUGUUUUGCACCUAGCAAUGCUGCUAAUGCUACAGUGUCAGAAUAAAGCUACAUCCGGCUAGCGGUCGGUUUCUGAAACAUAUUGCUCAUCUUUUUUGUGUUCGGGCUCAAAAAUAUACGUUUCUGGAUCAUAAUUUUUCCAAAGUAAUCAUCAAAGUCUGCUUGAUUAAAGUUAAAGUAGCAAUGAUUGUCACACACACACUAGGUGGGGCGGAAUGAUUCUCUGCAUUUUGACCCAUCACCCUUGAUCACCCCCUGGGAGAUGAGGGGAGCAGUGAGCAGCAGCGGUGGCCGCGCCCGGGAAUCAUUUUUGGUGAUUUAGCCCCCAAUUCCAACCCUUGAUGCUGAGUGCUAAACAGGGAGGUAAUGGCUCCCAUUUUUAUAGUCUUUGGUAUGACUCAGCAACCUACCGGUCUCAGGGCGGACACUCCAACCACUAGGCCACUGAGUAGCAUUGUUGUUGAUGGGGAAGGGAUCUGUGGUUCCUCCUCUAUGUCACGGAUCACGUGACUGGCUUCCUCAUUAUCUCUCAAAAUGGCUCGGGAAUCUCUGUGAGAUUGAUACUAUUUUGAUCAUAUCUAUGUGCUCGCAAACUUUGGAAGUCUUUUGGUGUCAUAAAUCAUAUAUAUAUGAUAAUAGCUUCGAUAUAGAGGCAACUUGUUUUUCCACUUUUCUGCUACUUUAUAUUUGCUGGAUUUUUUUAAAAAAUGAAAAAAAUAUUUAAAGGAUUUUUACGGAGCCCCUAAAGGGACAUGAAGGAAUUUUUCAUUUUUAUAAUUUUUUUUUAUUUUUUUUUAUUUUAUUUUUAGAUAUGUAUCUCGUGGGCACUAUUAUAAAAUUAUUAAAGAAAAAUUAAAAAUAAUUAAUAAUUAUUAUUUUUAAUUUUAAUUUUUUUAGACAUUUUUAGACUUUU